AUGGAAGUCAUCCCUACUGAGGACGCUCACAACGUACGCUAUAUCUCUAUGGAGAAGGCCCGCGCAUUUCUGACAGAAAUGGAUACGCCGAUUCAGGCAGUUAUUCAACAAGCACUGCAAUCGCAAGCUAAAGAUCUAGCAGCGAAGUUUGAGGAUACUCUUCAACAAGCACUGCAACAGCAAGCUCAAGAAAUUGCAGAAGCCAGCUUGCGCGAGAAAAAAUUGCAGUCCGAACUAGAGCAUUUCAGAGACCUAGUCAAGGUUCAGGCUGAUACAAAUCACCUAGCAUUAAGACAGGCAUCAAUCACUGACCAGCUCGCAGUUGAGAGCUUGCAAGACGAUGCUAGAGGCUAUAGCCUCCAGGGCUCUGAACGAGGGCGAGGUAGCGACAACGCCAGUGAGAGCGGUUCUCCUGGCGACCAUGUUGAGGAGGGCAUUCCUUCUGGCCUCAGCCAGCCUGUCCUAUCUGGUCCUAGCGAAACUCUCCGCCUCAAAGAAGCACUUGCAGAAAUUCGUCGUCUGGAAGAUAGCGCUACUAAGUCUGCAACUACUAUCCAAGACUUGAAGGAUGCAAACCAAGAUUCCGCAGAUGGAUUCUCUGCAGAAAUCAUUGAUCUCCAGCGCACAAAAACGAGCCUCCAGAGCAACAAAGCUUAUCUCGUUACUCGAAACGAGCAGCUGUCUCGCGAAGCAGCAGAGGCAAAAGCUGCUAAAGAGGUUUUGGUGGACCGAAUGGUUGAGUUGGGCUUAUUGUAG